GUUGUUGAUGAUUUAGCUUCUUCUUUCGACAUAUCAACCGUUUCCUCCCUCAAAUUUGCGUUCUGAAACCAUAGAUCCAGGUAGGUGAACGUUGCUGCGAAAUCGAGAAGCCAGGACGAUUAGAUCGUGUUCUAUUCGAUUGAUCGAUGAAUCCUAGAAGGGAGCCGCGUGGUGGUAGAAGUUCUCUCUUUGAUGGCAUUGAAGAGGGAGGAAUUCGAGCUGCUUCUUCUUACUCUCAUGAAAUCAAUGAACAUGACAAUGAGCGUGCGUUGGAAGGAUUGCAAGACAGAGUCAUUCUAUUAAAACGACUAUCUGGUGAUAUAAAUGAAGAAGUUGAUACUCAUAACCGGAUGCUUGACAGAAUGGGCAAUGAUAUGGAUACAUCAAGGGGAUUUCUCUCAGGAACCAUGGACCGGUUUAAAACGGUAUUUGAGACAAAGUCUAGCCGAAGAAUGCUGACGCUUGUGGCAUCCUUCGUGGGUUUAUUUCUAGUCAUAUACUAUCUUACUCGGUGAAACUGGCAAAACCCGGAGGAUUCCUGAACCAUCCAUCCAUGAUCUCAUGUUUACCUGUUUCGCUCUCUCUCUAUGUUGGCUCUUACAAUCUAAUAUCCCUCAUCAGUGUAAUGAACGUAUGCCUCCAAUGUUAUAGUGUGAUCUAGUGCUUGGGUUGAGGUCAAAAAUUACAUAAACUUUUAUAAGAAUAUAUGAUGGAUUAUAUAAACAGUAGUGUUACUUCCUUGAUGUGUAAAUAGCAUAUAUGAAGUAACAAUAUACAAAAAGUAAUUUUGCAUAUUGAA